AUGACGAGACAAGCCUUCCCUUUUGAGGACUAUCUCAAUUCUGUCGUUAGAUUUUUGGAUACGAUGGAGUAUUACGACACAAAUUAUACAGCCGAAGAGCGUGUUUCCAAGCUUCACUAUGUUUAUACCAACACAGCCAAGCACUUGGCUCAUUAUGACAGACAGAAGCAAAUCAAAAUGAGUCCGAACAAUCUGCAAGCCUUGAUCCAAGUUACGGUUGCCAUGGUGGUUUAUGGCUGGGCCACAGUGUCGGAAAAUGUCAUGGUGGACCUGAGCAUUCACUUCACAUAUGUGCUCAUCCUUGACAACAGCACUGACGACAACCCUGCAAAGAGCCUAGAGUCGUUUCACAACACCAUGCUCGCCGGUUUACCCCAGGAGCACCCGUGGUGGCAGAUGGUUAAUAACCACUUCCCCCUAGUUCUUCGACACUAUGGUCCCUACUGCGGGCUGACUUUAAUUCGAUCAACAGCAGACUGUUCGUAUUCGUCCUCUUUCCCUACCACGCACGUUACUGACAUCGUGGCUUGCAAAGUCUUCCAACGAUGUUUGGUUGAGCAGCACAACUUUAUGGGAUUCCCUGGAUCCUUGAACUACCCAAUCGUUCUGCGACGAAUGAACCCACUGGGACAAUGCAUUGGGAGCUCCAUCUUCCCUAAAGAAAGAUUCGAUGAGAACGAAUUGUUUUCGGAAAUCACGGCUGGUAUCGCGGAGAUGGAAAACUGGAUGGUCUCUGUAACUGGACUGCUCUCUUUCUACAAGGAGUUUGAUGAGCCGCGUGACCAGGCGAACUUGGUUGACAACUACGCUUGGUCCAACAAGAUUACUCCGGAGGGGGCCCUUGAGAAUUUAACUACUGACACGAUCGUGGACUCGGAGCAGCUCCUCGCUGCAUUUCGUGACAAGGACCCAAGGAUUUCGCAAACACUGAGCACAUUUUGCCAGGGGUAUGUCACCUGGCAUCUCUGUGACCCACGGUAUCGGCUUGAGGAACUGCACUCGUUUGGCGGAGAGUCGACUGAGGUUUCAGCCAAGUUUCACAACUAUUUGCAGUCCGCAAAGGAGGCAGGAUCCGUUGACCCCGAGGCAUGGGCUUAUCCGAGUGUGGCUUCGCUGGCUGCCGACGAUUUAGCGUAUUGGUCGGAUGGGCUUUGA